CCAUCCGAUAAGCUUCAUCUCCCUACCUCCUACCUACCUCCUAUAACCCAUAUCCAAGAACUGGAUACCGAACACAUGGCCACCACGUUCAAGCUGCCAACCCACACACCCUGACAUUGCUGGCUCACAUGAGCAAGGAGUUCAUCACGUCACACCGCCAUUCCUCGAUUCACCUUGGGACAAACGAAUGCUCCCAGUCAUUCUGGACACAGUUGCGGACUCUUCUCAGAAAUCCCACGCUCGCCGUCAUCAUCCGCUGUGUGGUGAUAGAUACGGUCAAGCCGAAUAGCUCGGAGGCACCGGAUCCAGACGAUAAAUCGGCGUAGAUUUCUGUUGACGUUCAGGUCUGACCUGCCGAGAAUAUUCGCGCCGCUUAAGUCUUUAUGCUAGACCCCAGCGAGGCCUCACUGUUAUCUUCGAAGCCUUGUGGCUCAUACCCACCGCUGGGCAAUUUGGCACAACUUAGAUCCUUCGAGAAGCUUGGUGUGCCUGGUAUGUGGUUAGGCGCAGAAGACGAUGAGGAAUAUUCCGAAUCUCGAAAGCCUGGGCCCCGCGAGCAUUCUGCCCAAGUCGCUGCAGCAACUGCAGGCCUUGAGCUGGUACGAGCAGCGCGAGAAUUACGACUUCACGGGGCCAAGUCGCCAAUUGAUGGGGCCGAUGGCUCACCCUAAACUUCCGAGCCCUCUCUGUCAUCAUCCUCGAAAAGAGCGCGCCUUUGUUCGAGGGCGUUCAAUAUGCUGCGUUACACACGAUUUUGCAUUCACCUAGUCCAUGUUCGUGUUCAACUGAGGCUAUGAAGAGGACGUCCAAGCGGGU